CGUCUUACGAGAAAACUUUCGGCUGCAGUCUUCAUCAGCGGAGAUUGUUUUUGCUGCCCGAAGUACAGGGAACAGUCCGAAGACGGUUCUGCAACGAAAUGUCUUCCUCAGCUGAUGUGUCGCCAUCCAUUACCCCCUGUGGCACACCCCUCAGUGGUACACAUGCCCCAAAGUAUGGCACAGUCAUUCCAAACCGUAUAUUUGUGGGAGGUAUUGCAGCAAAUACUACAGAGGCCGAAUUAAAGCAAUUUUUCCAGGCCUACGGAGCUGUGAAAGACUCCAAGAUUAUUGCUGAUCGAGCUGGAGUGUCUAAAGGGUAUGGAUUUAUAACUUUUGAAAAUCAAGAAGAUGCUGAACGAAUAAUAAAAAAAGAGGCUGAUAACUUGGUGUUUAAAGACAGAAAAUUGAACAUCGGUCCAGCCAUCAGGAAACAGCAGGUUCUACAAAGGUCCUUUGAUCAAAGUAUACCUACCGGAACGGUGAUGUUCUCAAAUGGCGUACCUUACACAUAUCAGAAUGGAAUGGCUAUUUUCCAUGCCCCAGAAGGUGGAUAUCCGAUACCGCAGCCGCAGGUCAGCCCACAGCAGCCAGCCUACUCUACUGUGAUGGUUCCACAGACUCCGACCAUGUAUGUGGCUCCUCAGUACUCGGCUUACCAACCUACGACCCCUCAAUGGACCACAGCUGCUAAUCCUUGGAGAUGGGCCCCACAGCAGAGUCCAGGUCAAACGAUUGGAGGAAGCCCCAGUUACAUAUACACAGCAAUGCACGCCUCACCGGAACUCAUGUAUGCCCAGCCACCUCCCCAGGCUUAUCAGCCAGGAGAGAUGACGGAUACUGUGCUUGAGGGUCCCCCCCUGGAGGGCAGUGGGAUGGUGCAGGAUACGUCCCUGGUCAACAAUCCUUAUGUCACUGACCACAGCGAGCAGCCACUGCCACCUACUGUUGCCAUGACGACGAUACCAGUACAUCCCCCGGCCCCCACUGUUGCUCCCCCUCCUACCAAAUCCACAACAACGGCUGCUGCCUCUGUGGCACCAUACACCAAGAAGUCGCUGUCAACCAUACCCCGACGUCCCUACAGCAGCCCAACAUACCUCGUGAAACACGGCAACAAGGUUCAGCGUCUGAUGAUCCCAACUAAGGCUAUGGCGGCUCACAUGACACUCCUACGAUCCCCUGAGUCUACAGGCCUUGAGCUUGCUGAGGGACUUCUCCGACAUCCACUGCUUACCCCUCCCCCUACGCCUGACAAAUAGAUAGUAGCUGACAGAUAAAAUACUCCAGAACAUUACAAAGCUCAAACUGACUUAGCUUUGUUCAUAUGUUGAUUACUCAUUGCAACCUCUUAAAGGCAUCCACCCAAACUUAAGCUUCCAUAAUAGACAUAUUCAUUCGGACAGAUUUCCCCAGCUCCCUAUUAUUGACUGCCAAAUUGACCCCCUCAUUUGAAUUCCCCGACCCACCAAACCAUUUUAGUUACUGUUUGUUUAAAUUUUGAUGUUCAACUCCUUGCUUCUUGUUUGUCAUCUGUUAAACUGCACAUAGAGUGUGUUCCGUUUUUAUGGCCAUUCGGUAUUAUAUAAGGCUCAUGGCAUGGCCAGUAAUCAAAGAUUCUGUCCCAUGAGACUAGUCAGCAUGUUAGCAUGUUAAGUCAUUGCGUAGUAUGGUCAUUGGUCAAGUGUCCACCAGAUUCCUCGGCAUGUUUUGAAUGUCUAGUGAGCAUGCUCUCCACUCACCCACUUUAGCAUCACAAACUUAUAGACGUUACACUGUAUUUGAUAUCUACAUCUUAUCUAAAAAUUGAAUUUUCUAAUCUAAAUUGUUCAGUUUUUCUCAAAUUUUUUUAAUCACAUUUUACCUUUGGUUGGAAACUGAAGUUAGAGCAGACUAGUCACCUGGCCAUUGGCCUUGAGUUUCUCCUUGAAUAUGAUCUUUAGUUUAUAGAUAAUGCAUGUUGUUUUGAUGUUAGUUGCACCUUGUUCAUGCUGCCUCAUCACCAUGUUGAUAGAGAUUGGUCUGAGUAGCUGUCUCAUUGGAUAUCAAUGGUUGUGUGUGAUUAGACUUGAGCGGCAUGUGAUAUCACACCAUAAGCCAUAAGCAUCUAUUAGUUUCAUACCUAUUUCAUGUGUCUUUUUGACAAUUAUAGAUGAUUUAAUUUAUACCUGUCUGCACAAAAACUAGAAACCAUCAUUAGAAAUAGCUUGAAGAUAAUGUUAGAAUUCAAAUUCAAGGAGAGGUCCAUGACCCAAGUAGUAGGCUGGAAAUAGUACUGUAAAUCAAUUUUAUUCUUUGAUUGGUCUCCAAAUAACUGCUAAUGACGGAGAAAAAAGUAAAUUUUUUCAAUGAUUUAUUUGCGAUACAUCAGUGAAGAAUUUUUUUUUAUAUUAGGAAACAGUGCUAAAACAUUGCUAAGAAAAUUUUGUAGAUCAUGAAAUUGAUUUGUAACAUUGUCUUUUUACUGUAUACUAAUGUUGUGUACACUUCGAAGUUAGAGUACAAUUAUGAUAUGGAAUAGCAUUUUGAUGGGCAGACUACAAUACCCAGGGUGGAAUGGCAAAAUACACUAUUGUGCAUAAUUAACUACAUUGUUACAGGCAGAGAACAACCCAAGUUAAACAGUACAUCAGACAUUAUACUCCACUAGGCUGUGCCACACAAACCGGUUUGGUUCAGUACCUGUAGAGGCUCUACUAUACUCCACUAGGCUGUGCCACACAAACCGGUUUGGUUCAGUACCUGUAGAGGCUCUACUGUACAGACAAGUGUGGUUCUGUAUCUGUAGAGGCUGUACUGUACAGACAGGUGUGGUUCUGUACCUGUAGAGGUUGUACUGUACAGACAGGUGUGGUUCUGUACCUGUAGAAGUUGUACUGUACAGACAGGUGUGGUCCUGUACCUGUAGGGCUGUACUGUACAGACAGGUGUGGUUCUGUACCUGUAGAAGUUGUACUGUACAGACAGGUGUGGUCCUGUACCUGUAGGGCUGUACUAUACAGACAGGUGUGGUUCUGUACCUGUAGAGGUUGUACUGUACAGACAGGUGUGGUUCUGUACCUGUAGAAGUUGUACUGUACAGACAGGUGUGGUCCUGUACAUGUAGGGUUGUACUGUACAGACAGGUGUGGUCCUUUACCUAUAGAGGUUGUACUGUACAGACAGGUGUGGUCCUGUACAUGUAGAGGUGUUGCUGUAUGGUCCAGCUCUUGAAUAACCCACAUUUACCAUGUGGAAGGAGAAUGAAUGAGUCUGUAAUAAAAAAAAUGUUUCCAUUAGGUCUGUCAUUUUGAUGUGUUAAGCAUAUUUUCUUGUGAAUCUGCUAUUGGUAUUAAAUUGUGGGCAAGUUAGGGAAAGAUAUUGAUGAAUACAUAUAUAUGAGAAGUUAUGUUUUUGUUGUGUAAAUAUAUAUUGUACUUUGUUUUUGUAUUUAGUUUUUGAUGAUACUACCUGUAGAGAAAUCAAGGUUGUGGACUAUUUACUAUUUGUGAGAGAUUAAGUUGUUCGUUCGCUGAUCUGAGAAAAUUAACAUAUCCCUUUGCAGAUUUUAUUUAAAAAAAUAUUUCAUUUUCUGUAUCUCUAUUGAUAUUGUUUUGUUUUUGCUUUGAUAAAUAAUCAUCUUUAGCAUACAUAGAUUUAUAUAUGAUUUUUUUCUGUGAUUCAUCCAAUCCUUUAUUCCCAGCUGUCAGUUCAAGGUCACUUGCUGGUGAAUAUGCUAAAUGUUGUACAUGAUUCUGUCUUAUUGUGUACAAGGGGACAGUCGAUAGUUGUCACGAAACAAUAUUCUACAAAGGACACACCAUAUAUAGAAACUUCUGAAUUGUAUUAGAUGUAUAUGUAAAAGAAUGUAACUAAAUUACCAUUGGAAUACAUAGGUAUAGAAAUUACUAGAUAGUGAAUAAUCAGUAUAUUAUCGUUUGAAUUAUAUAGGUAGUUCAUGUUUAGCCAGCAAGUGGCCUUGAUGGUGUCGUCCACUUUCAGUUAUUAAUAUUACUUCCAUAAUUCCUCUCAUUUUUAUGCAUCAUUUGUUGUCUUUUUUUAUUUUCAUAUUUUGAAAGUGUUGAAAGUGUCGUUUGAUAUCGUAUAAAAAAAAUCUGUUAUACAUUUCAUAUUGGUUGUAACUAUGUAUUGUGUAAUUUCUAGCGUGGUGAACGUAUUUGUAUGCAAAUUACAAUUUCUUCAUAUUAGCAUACAUAUUUUAGCAUGCUGAAAUUUUAAUCAUGACUUAUUUACUGCAGUCAUAGCCAUCACACCCUGAACCUCUGUAAUAGAAAUAAUGUUGGAAAAAUUAACCAAAUCAUGAUAUAUUACAUUAAAUGCCAAAAGCACUAAAAUACCAUGAUCAGAUGCUGCUGAAAUAUGUAUGUUAUAUGAGAUGAUGUGUGUAUGUAGUCACCUUGUAAAGAGUUGUUUAAACCCCUGGAAGUAUGAAAGAGAUUUGCAAGUAUCAUUAUGACUUCCUUCUAUGGAUGAAAUUUUAAUCCAGAAAUUUAUCUUAAUCUACUAUCCAGUUCUUUUGAAAUUUAAGAUGGUAAAGAAGACUAAAAGUAUUGUUGUUACGUAGCCAGUGGCAUUGACCCUUGUUGUGAAUUUGUUUUUUGUCAGUUUCUCUGAAAGUGCCAGUUCUUGAUGUAGUUAUAUAACAACUCAAAUCAUAAGGAAGGUGUAGGUGAAAGAAAUACUACAUUCAAAAAUUUUAGGUAAAAAAUGGAUAUUUACUGGAAGUCCAUAUUGAAACUUUGCAUUAAAUUCUGUAAUAAUUUUUCAGUUUGAUCUCUGAGUCAAGUUCUCAGACAAUCUAGUGGUAUUUGAUGGUAUUAUUGGAUAAGCAAUUUGUUAGAAGCAACAUAGAAUGAUGACAUCACACCUGUUUGUUUUUGUAAGGGUACAGUAUUAGAUCCCUUGUGUUACGGCAUUUAAUCACUGUUAAUGGGACUCGUCUAUUUCUGCUAAAAAAUUCUCCAUACAGAUUAUUUGGAGAAAAGAAACAUUGAAGGUACAAGUCCUUAAAAAGAUGCAACAUUUUAUGAGGGCAGUGCACACUUAAGAUUUUUGUUUGGUUUGAGAGAGGGAUCUUGAGAAAGCAUCUGCCUUGCAUUCGCAACUUACGAGAAUGCAGGGGAUGUCUUUUUGCUCGUUGUUUCUGAAAACUUAUUUGAAUGGUUUGUGUUGCUUUUCUUGUUAUGUGAUCAUUUGUACCAGAUUUAUUUAUGAUUGUGUUAGUUCUGCGACAUGAAUGCAAAGAUGUCUUUGUAACUGAGUUUUGAGUUUGAUGUUGUAAUCUUAUAUUUGUGUCUAGUUAUGUAGCAGUACAAUGUACAUUAUUAAAUCUUGUGUUUAUCAAUGUGAUCUUUUUGUAUCAUGCCUUCGAAAUCUUUACAGGUUUCUGGGAUUUUUUUUUUCUAGUGAUAUAGUUUGUCUCAGUGCUUCAGGACUUGUAUUAUUUAAUUUAGUAAUAUUCUAAGAAAUCCUUACAUGUUUCAUUUUGUCUUAGUGGUAAUUUUUUUCCUGUGCUUCAGAAUGUGAUUUGUUAAGUGCCUUUGGAGAUCUUUUUUCCAUGGUGCCUUUUUGAUCAUUGUGCCUUUGAAUGUGAUCAUUAUUGUGGGCCUGUGUCCAGGUCUACAUAUCAUUAUAUGUAUGAUACAUCAGUGUAAACCUCUUGUCGAGAAUUAAAGAAGACAAUGCUGCAGUGUUAUCAUAUGUAAAUCUACCGCAUCAUCCACAAGUGUAAAAGCCUUUUUGUUGCACAUUUUUCAACCAGUGAGGAUGGAUUUGCAUGAAAUUCUUCAAAAAGAUUUUGAACUUUCAGCUUUUUAUAUAUAACAAUUUUUCUUAAAUAUCUUUAACUGAAAAAAACGAAACUUUUUAUUGACAUGAAAUUUUUAAUUUUUUGUUGAAAUAAAGAAGCAAAAUGUAAUUAAAGAGAAAGUCUCUGAAGUGUCAUUGAUGGUAGUAUUUGCUCAGGUAGAGAAUUGUAUGUGAAUGUAAGGACAUUUUACUGUUUCUAUGAUGAUGAUAAAUGAUUUUAAUGUGGUUGGCUUGAUUGAUGGCUGUACAGAAAACAGCAGCGUGUCUGAUGAGCUCUUGUAUGAUGUGCCAACUGUGAAUAAAUAAUAUCAAGCAA